CAUUUUAUUUUAUUAUAUCUAGAAAAACAGAAAAAGAAUAUAAGGGGGAAGACUUGGGCCGCCGCUAACCCUAACCCCUGGCGACGGCGGCCGAUCGUCGUCGACGAAGUCAGGCGCGGAGGCUGCGACCGGAUUAGCCGGUCGCCCCUGGAUUUGGAGCUCCCGUGUCCGUGUGGGGGCAAUGCUAGCGCGGGCGUUUGGCCUCGUGGGCAAAACAUGGAAGCGAACGCCGACUAUGUCCGUCGAGGCUUCCGCCUCGCCGCGCCGCCGCUCCCAGAUGCCACAGCAGCAGCUUUGUCAUCUCCACGGCAGCACGCCGUCACAACGGCAAAAGUUCCCCGAAGAACAGCUCCCGGGGGAUACUGUUGAGGGGAGUUUUGACCUGAGGUUUGCAGCACUGAAGAGCAUUGGGGAGGAUCGGGUCAACGAUCGUGAGCUUAAGUUACUGCUAAAGAAGAAACAUGCCCCCAUUUGUUAUGUUUGGUGUGAUCCAUGCCCCUGGAUGCACAUUUCUCAGGGGAUCAUGAAGACACUCAAUAUUAAUAAAAUGGUUGAAUCUGGUUUCAAAGUUAAAAUCUUAAUGGCAGACUGGUUUUCCCAGAUGAACAGUGAGAUUAGUGGCAAUCUAAAUAAGAUGCGGACUGUUGGCAGGUACAAUAUUGAGAUGUGGAAAGCAACUGGCAUGGCUCUUGAUAAAGUAGAUCUAGUCUGGUUGUCAGAUGAAAUACGUCAACAUGGUGAUGAGUACUGGCCAAUUGUCAUGGAUAUUGCAAGGACAAACAGUGUGCGUAGAAUAAAAAGUACAUGCAGGUCCUCUUAUUACUGUUUACCUAGCAGAUUUUGUGGGAGUAGAAAUUCUUAUGCGAUUGGAAAAUUAAAUGUUGAUGAGAUUUUUUACAUUUGCUUGCAGUGUGCUAGCAUAUUAUUUCAGAAGGCAGACAUAUGGCUGUUGGGAAUGGAACAGCAUGAUGCCAACUUAUUAGCUAGACAAUAUUAUAAGCAUUUCAAAAAGAAGAAUAAGGCAAUUGCUGUUUUGGACAAUAUGCUUCCUAAUUUAUUACAAUACCCUCAAAUGGAGAACAGGAGGCAUCCAGCUUGGGCUAUCUUCAUGGAAGAUGAUAAGGAGGAUAUAUGUUUUAAAAUGGAAAAAGCUUUCUGCCCUCCAAAACUAGCAGAAGGCAAUCCAUGUUUGGAGUACAUAAAAUAUAUCAUCUUGCCUUGGUUUGGAAUGUUUGAGGUGGUCCAGAAGAAAGGGAAUGGUGGCAAAAAGACUUUUCUGAGCAUGGAGGAACUUACAGCUGAUUAUGAAAGUGGCGCUCUGCAUCCUGCUGAUGUGAAGCUGGCCCUUGAAAAGUCAUUGAACGAGAUAUUGCAGCCUGUUCGUGAUCACUUUGGAAGGAAUGGUGAAGCAAAGGAUCUAGUGGAAGCUAUCGGGGAAUGCUACGGUGCUGACUGAUAUUACAUGUUCACUCUUGGACUUAGGAGUAGUGUUCUUAUCUUUGGCCAUGUAAUGAACAAAUCAAUCCCUAUCUAUGAGCAGUCUUAGAGGUUCCUUUUGUGCCACAAGGUCAUCAGUUCAGUGCUUGCUCUUUCCUCGUGGGUGUGUUAGAAGGGUGUCUUUUUUUUUCCUCAUCACAACCUUGUUUCUUGUAUUUUUUACCUGCUAUAUGAAUAUGAAACCUCCCGCUGUCUCGUGCGGUUAGUUCCCAAAAAAACAAGGUCAUCAGUUAGCGACAUCCUGAUAUUUUAGAGUUUUAGAAACAAUGUAUAGUGACAGUUUCUACUCUAUGCGUCCACUCGAUCUAAUAGUGAAUUCGGAUGAUAAAUUGCUGGCAUCAAA